UCAAGUGACUCGUGAACUUUAAACGUUGGUUAUUCUUUAAGUAUUAUGUUUUCGCGUUGGUUUAUCUUUGUGAAUAUAUCAUUAUUAUUGUUAUGUUUGGUAAAUACUAUUGAAAUGGAAAAUGAAUCGAUGAUAAAUGAAGAAAGUACAACAAGGUUAUCAUUUAAAAUUGAUGGUAUCGGCGAUGGAGAUUCAGAUUCCAAUUCCGCAUUAACUACAGAUGUUGAUAGAUCAACUAAAUUAGAUAAUGAAACCCAAACGCAAGUCAAUAAUUCAAUAUCAAACGGAACGAAGAAAGUUUGCGACGGUAAAAAUUGCACGGAUUAUCCGAUGACACGAGAUUCGUUUAGCAAAGAAUCAAAAAAACAAGGAAAAGAAGAUACGUUUCCUUUUACUUUCUCUCCGCUAAAUUCAUCGGAGUUUAAUAAUACGUCCUUGGAAAGCUCAUCACCUUCUUCCUCUUCUUCACCGGCGACUUUCCACCAUUUGGAGGCGAAUUCCGAGCAGAGAAAGUCUUAUAAUUUAAAUACUAUAAAUUCUCUUCAUCAAACAUUACAAAAUGUAAUAUUGAUGGUUGUCAGACGUAUUUCACCGCUGUAUGGAUUCAAUCCAGAUAGAAAUGCCAAUUCAAAUAAAUCACAAGACAAAAUUGAGCGGUUCCAUCAACCACCACCAAAUAUUACCGAACUUGUUGACAGCAAUAUAAACGCUACUGUUGAAAGUGAUCAAAUCAAUAAGGUUUCAAGUUUGAACAAAUUUUCAGAUAUCAUUUUAGCGGCUAAAUUUGCGACUAAUUCUACAUCUAAGACCAACAAAUCAAAAAUAUAUCACGCCAAAAAAGUAAAGCGUAGUGUAAGCAGAGACCGUUGGAUAACAAAAAUGAAUAAUAAAGAAGAUGGAAUGGUGGAAAUGUAUGCUUUCAUUGUUCGAGAUGAAAAAAUUCCCGCCUGUUGUCAUCCAGCAUCUGCUAUCACGUAUAUAAAAACUUUUAAUUACAAAAUCAAAUUUAACUACAAAAAUAAAUAUUUCUUUAUCAAAAUUACUAGAAUAACGAAUAUUUGUAUGCUUUUUUCAGCGACAAAAGGUAUUUUAUGUGCAGUGGUGCUAUUUUGACAGCGACACAUGCCAUUACAACAGCGUCCUGCAUGCACUUUGCCGAUUUAUACGAGCAACACAUCGAUGCCGAACUGGCUGUUCUUGUUGGCGCUGCAACAUCGUUACCCUACGUCAUCAAAAUAAAUCGCUAUGAAAUGCAUCCGAAUUAUGUUUAUAAUGUUGACAGCCCUGACCACCCGACUUACAAUGUUGCAAUUUUGUUUUUGAAUUGCGGAUUUAGCUUUCUUACUGGGGUUAUUGAGUUGCCAAAGCUGCCCAAGGGUAUUUAUGAUGACGUCGGUCACAUGUGCUGUAGCCAAAAAUGCCAGCUUUUGACGGUUAUACAAAGAGUCAAUAAUCACCAUCUUAUUAAACCGAUAGAAGCUCAGCAUUUGCCUCCACCGGUUCACGACGACGACAGUUUAAUGACAGUACCGAGACGUAAUUUUGGAUUAAGAAGACUGUACCGGCUUAAAAAGAAUAUAUUUCCCUUGAUAAGGAGAAAAAGGAAUCCGGUUAAGCUCGCUCCAGCGCCGUCAUUCUUAUCAAAGGAUACGUCUUUGUUUGCUGAAAGAAGCAACAGUGGUAAAAAAGUUCAAAUUAAACGACAAAAUGAAGUUACGAAACGGAAAAAGAAAACUAAGGACAUACUAGACGUAAUUGCUGAUGCCAAGAAAGGAGCAAAAAGUAAAAAACAAAAAUCUUUUGAUAUCAACGACAUCAAAAGUAUCAACGGCAGAAGGAAAAUUAUCGAUGAUCUGAAAGAGAGAAUAGCGUCGAAUUUGAUGCAAGUUGAUGAAAAACUUACGUCAAUUGACUGGAGUAAAAUAGAGGAGGAAACAAAACCAAAAGUCCGAGUAACCGAUCAGGAAAAAAUUGAAAAAUUUGCCAAGGAAAUUGUUGACGAGACGAUGGGUCGUUUGGAAGAAGUUUUAGAAACCAAUGUGACUAGCGAUGUUGGAGCCAAGCGUAAAGAUAGUGUUAAUAAUAAAAAAAAUAUUUUACUCUCGAUGAUGGGCGAGUCAAAAGAUCCGGAGAUACUUAAGAAUUUUGCUGAAAUUUUUUCUAAUGUCAUUAAGAGUGCAAUACCUCCUAACAAUGCCAGUCGUAUAUCAGUGUCGUCAGAUAUCACAAUUGAGAAAAAAGAUUUGACUGAUCCUCGAUCAAGGUAUCACAAGUGUCCUCCUCUUGGUUCGCCAGUUUUCAGAAAUCGUACUCUGGUCGCGAUGGUCGCUUACACAUGUGAUGACGUAGAAAGCUGGGUCGAGUGGAAAUACGUGAGCUUAUCAAGAAAUUUAAACUGGAUCCGUCAAAGAACAUCAGUAGCUCAAAAUCAGAAGCCUACAAUGUGUGCCACCGAGUUUGCUGGCAGUGACUUUUCUGAAGCAGGCUUGAGUUUGAAUUACGGAGACGAGAUUAUCCAAAAAUCAGCUCUGUUCAAAAAACAGAGCCCAUCGUAUCUUGAGACAUUCGAUAACACUUACAAGCCUGUUGACGAGACACUGAAAGGCGUCAGAGAAACAAACAACGAGAACGAUAACUCCAGGGCGUUUACAAUUCCCAGCGUGCAUCCGAAGUUAUCAGACUGGCAAAUUGGGCCUGACCCGACGAAGAACCCUUCAUGGCCGCCGAAUGGGGUCCCACCUCCGAGCAAUAAGGGAAGAUUCGUAGCAGUGAGCAACGUUAAUUCAAAUACCUGCUUCACAAAACCCGAUGGGUCUACGGACUGUCGAACGGUCUCUAACACGUACACGCUGGAGUAAUGAUUCAAUCAGCACUCAAUUUACUCACGAUGUGCCUAUAUUUAUAUCGUAGGUAACAAUAUCCAAUUAAGACGCCUUUUAUUACACCAAACCAAUUUGUAACGUCAUUUCAGGGCUAUCUUGUUGUUAGUUAAUUAUCUGACAAAAGCUUUUAAAUUAUAUUCUAAGAAACGGGACAAUCAACUUCCUACUUUAAGCUUACUUAAGAUUUACGACAAACAGUAUAUCAACGAUCGACAGUCUUUUGAUAAUUUAAUCUUGUAUGAUAUUAUUAUAUAUUACAUGUAGAAAAAAAAA